GGGCGCCACCUCCGCGCGGGGAAGGAGCCGGCGCCGCGCGGCCGCGCUAGAAUGGAGGGACCCGGCGGCAGCGAUCCCGGCGGCGACGGGGCUGGGGACGGUGCCCACCCGGACCCCCGGGCCCCCGGCGCCGCUGCGCCCAGCGCCGGCCCGUGCGCGGCCGCCCGGGACUCGGAGCGCCAGCUGCGCCUCCGCCUCUGUGUCCUCAACGAGAUCCUGGGCACCGAGAGGGACUACGUGGGCACCUUGCGCUUCUUGCAGUCGGCAUUCCUGCAUCGCAUCCGGCAGAACGUGACGGACGCCGUGGAGAAGGGCCUCACGGAGGAGAAUGUCAAGAUCCUCUUCUCGAACAUCGAGGACAUCCUGGAGGUGCAUAAGGACUUCCUGGCUGCCUUGGAGUACUGCUUACACCCGGAGCCUCAGUCUCAGCAUGAACUCGGGAACGUUUUCUUAAAAUUUAAGGACAAGUUCUGCGUCUACGAGGAGUACUGCAGCAACCACGAGAAGGCCCUGCGGCUGCUGGUGGAGCUGAACAAGAUCCCCACGGUGCGCGCCUUCCUGUUGAGCUGCAUGCUUCUGGGAGGCCGGAAGACCACGGACAUCCCUCUGGAAGGCUACCUGCUGUCUCCGAUUCAGAGGAUCUGCAAGUACCCCCUCCUCCUCAAGGAGCUGGCCAAGAGGACCCCCGGGAAGCACCCAGACCACCCUGCCGUGCAGAGCGCGCUGCAGGCCAUGAAGACCGUCUGCUCCAACAUCAACGAGACCAAGCGGCAGAUGGAGAAGCUGGAGGCCCUGGAGCAGCUGCAGUCGCACAUCGAAGGCUGGGAGGGCUCCAACCUCACGGACAUCUGCACGCAGCUCCUGCUGCAGGGCACGUUGCUGAAGAUCUCGGCGGGGAACAUCCAGGAGAGGGCCUUCUUCCUGUUCGACAACCUCCUCGUCUACUGCAAGCGGAAAUCCAGGGUCACUGGGAGCAAGAAAUCCACCAAGAGGACCAAAUCCAUCAACGGCUCACUCUACAUCUUCAGGGGUCGGAUCAACACGGAAGUCAUGGAGGUGGAGAACGUGGAGGACGGGACAGCGGAUUACCACAGCAAUGGCUACACCGUCACCAAUGGCUGGAAGAUCCACAACACGGCCAAGAACAAGUGGUUUGUCUGCAUGGCCAAGACGGCGGAGGAGAAGCAGAAGUGGCUGGACGCCAUCAUCCGUGAGCGGGAGCAGCGCGAGAGCCUGAAGCUGGGCAUGGAGCGGGACGCCUACGUCAUGAUUUCAGAGAAGGGGGAGAAGCUUUACCACAUGAUGAUGAGCAAGAAGGUGAACCUGAUCAAGGACCGCCGGAGAAAGCUCAGCACUGUCCCCAAGUGCUUCCUCGGCAAUGAGUUUGUCGCCUGGCUCCUGGAAAUUGGUGAAAUCAGCAAGACGGAAGAAGGAGUCAACCUGGGCCAGGCCUUGCUGGAGAACGGCAUUAUCCACCAUGUCUCCGACAAGCAUCAGUUCAAGAACGAGCAGGUGAUGUACCGCUUCCGCUAUGACGAUGGCACCUACAAGGCCCGGAGUGAGCUGGAGGACAUCAUGUCCAAGGGUGUGAGGCUUUACUGCCGACUUCACAGCCUCUCCACCCCCGUGAUCAAGGACCGGGACCACCAUCUGAAGACCUACAAGUCGGUGCUGCCUGGGAGCAAGCUGGUGGACUGGCUGCUGGCUCAGGGUGAUUGCCAGACGCGGGAGGAGGCCGUGGCGCUGGGAGUGGGCCUGUGUAACAACGGCUUCAUGCACCACGUGCUGGAGAAGAGCGAGUUCAAAGAUGAGUCCCAGUACUUCCGCUUCCACGCGGACGAGGAGAUGGAGGGAACCAGCAGCAAGAACAAGCAGCUUCGCAAUGACUUCAAGCUCGUGGAGAACAUUCUGGCCAAGCGCCUGCUGAUCCUGCCACAGGAGGAGGACUACGGCUUCGACGUCGAGGAGAAGAACAAGGCCGUGGUGGUGAAGUCGGUGCAGAGGGGCUCGCUGGCCGAGAUGGCCGGCCUGCAGGUGGGCAGGAAGAUCUACUCCAUCAACGAGGACCUGGUGUUCCUGCGGCCCUUCGCCGAGGUGGAGUCCCUUCUCAACCAGUCCUUCUGCUCCCGCCGUCCGCUGCGCCUCCUGGUGGCCACCAAGGCCAAAGAGAUCAUCAAGGUCCCUGACCAUCCAGAGGCUCUGUGCUUCCAGAUCCGUGGAGCUGCCCCGCCCUACGUCUACGCUGUGGGGAGAGGCUCGGAGGCUGCGGCCGCAGGGCUGUGCGCGGGCCAGUGCAUCCUGAAGGUCAAUGGCAACAACGUGAUGGGCGCCGGCGCCACCGAGGUCCUGGAGCACUUCCAGGCGUUCCGGAGCCACCGAGAGGACGCCCUGGGUCUGUACCAGUGGGUCUACCACACCCACGAGGACGCUCAGGAGGCCCGAGCCAGCCAGGAGGCCCCCGGCGAAGACCUGGAUGGUGAUGGGGCCCAGGAGGAGGACCAGCCCAACUCAGCCUUCCCCCUGCUGUCCCUGAGUCCCCAGCUGAGCCUGCACGAGGAUGGGCCUGUGGUCAGCCUGACGGUGGACAAUGUGCCCCUGGAGCACGGCGUGGUCUACGAGUACAUGAGCACAGCAGGCGUCAAGUGCCACGUGCUGGAGAAGAUCGUGGAGCCCCGCGGCUGCUUCGGCCUCACCGCCAAGAUCCUUGAGGCUUUUGCCGCCGAUGACAGCGUCUUUGUGCAGAACUGUGGGCGGCUCAUGGCCCUGAACAAUAACAUCAGGACCAUGUCCCACUACGAGUUCCGCAACAUUUGUGACACCAAGCUGGAGAGCAUUGGCCAGAGGAUCGCCCGCUACCGGGAGUUUGCAGUCCAGCUGAAGAACAGGGUCAGCCCUCCCUUCAAACAAGCAGCCCUGGAGCCCCAUUUGCUGUGCGGCCUGGACUUCUGCCCCACCAACUGCCACGUCAACCUCAUGGAAGUGUCCUACCCCAAGACCACUCCCUCGGUUGGCAGAUCCUUUAGUAUCCGCUUUGGUCGCAAACCCUCCCUCAUUGGCCUUGACCCAGAGCAAGGCCACCUGAACCCCAUGUCGUACACCCACCACUGCAUCACCACCAUGGCCGCCCCAGCCUGGAAGUGCCUGCCUGCUGUGGAAGGAGACCUGCAACGCCACGGUCCCAGCGACAGCGGCUUUGGGCUGGCCAGUGGGGCCCCUGGCCAGGAGGACCGGGGCCUGAGCUUCCUGCUCAAGCAAGAGGACCGUGAGAUCCAGGAUGCCUACUUGCAGCUCUUUACCAGACUGGAGGUGGCGCUGAAGGAGAUGAAGCAGUACGUCACCCAGAUCAACAGGCUCCUGUCCACCAUCACGGAGCCCACGUCGGGCGGGUCUUGCGAUCUGCCCUCAGCCGAGGAGGCCUCUUCACCCCCGCUGGUCAGCGAAGAGAGCGAGAUGGACAGGACCGAGCACGGCGGCAGCAAGAAGGUGUGCUUCAAGGUGUCAGAGGAGGACCAGGAGGACUCGGGGCACGACACCAUGAGCUACCGCGACUCCUACAGCGAGUGUAACAGUAACCGGGACUCCGUGCUGUCCUACACCAGCGUGAGAAGCAACAGCUCCUACCUGGGCAGCGACGAGAUGGGGUCUGGGGACGAGCUGCCCUGCGACAUGCGGAUCCCGUCAGACAAGCAGGACAAGCUCCACGGCUGCCUGGAGCAUCUCUUUAACCAGGUGGACUCCAUCCACAUGCUCCUCAAGGGGCCUGUCAUGAGCAGGGCUUUCGAAGAGACCAAGCAUUUCCCCAUGGACCACAGCUUGCAAGAGUUCAAACAGAAAGAAGAGUGUACAGUCCGUGGCCGGAGCUUGAUCCAGAUCAGCAUCCAGGAGGACCCCUGGAACCUCCCCAGCUCCAUCAAGACCCUGGUGGACGACAUCCAGAGAUACGUGGAAGAUGGGAAGAACCAGCUGCUCCUGGCCUUGCUGAAGUGCACAGACACCGAGCUGCAGCUGCGGAGGGACGCCAUCUUCUGCCAGGCCCUGGUGGCCGCCGUGUGCACCUUCUCUGAGCAGCUGCUGGCGGCCCUCAGCUACCGCUACAACAACAACGGCGAGUACGAGGAGAGCAGCCGGGACGCCAGCCGCAAGUGGCUGGAGCAGGUGGCGGCCACCGGUGUCCUGCUGCACUGCCAGUCGCUGCUCUCGCCGGCCACCGCGAAGGAGGAACGGACCAUGCUAGAGGACAUCUGGGUGACCCUGUCGGAGCUGGACAACGUCACCUUCUCCUUCAAGCAGCUGGACGAGAACUACGUGGCCAACACCAACGUCUUCUACCACAUCGAGGGCAGCCGGCAGGCGCUGAGGAUCGUCUUCUACCUCGACAGCUACCACUUCUCCAAGCUGCCCUCGCGCCUGGAGAACGGGGCCAGCCUGAGGCUGCACACCGUGCUCUUCACGAAAGCUCUGGAGAACGUGGAGGGGCCGCCACCUCCAGGCAGCCAGGCCGCGGAGGAUUUGCAGCAGGAGAUCAACGCCCAGUCCCUGGAGAAGGUCCAGCAGUAUUACCGCAAGCUCAGGGCCUUCUACCUGGAACGGUCCAACCUGCCCACGGAUGCCAGCACCACGGUGGUGAAGAUAGACCAGCUGAUACGCCCCAUCAACGCCCUGGACGAGCUCUGCCGCCUCAUGAAGUCCCUCGUCCACCCUAAACCUGGCACUGGUGCGAGCCUGGGCGCCGGCCUCAUCCCCGUCUCCUCCGAGCUCUGCUACCGCCUGGGGGCUUGCCAGAUCGCCAUGUGCGGCACGGGCAUGCAGAGGAGCACCCUCAGCGUCUCCCUGGAGCAGGCGGCCAUCCUGGCACGGAGCCACGGGCUGCUGCCCAAGUGCAUCAUGCAGGCCACGGACAUCAUGCGGAAGCAGGGCCCCAGGGUAGAGAUUCUGGCCAAAAACCUCCGAGUCAAGGAUCAGAUGCCUCAGGGCGCACCACGGCUCUAUCGCCUCUGCCAACCCCCGGUGGACGGAGACCUCUGAGAUGCACGGGGCUCGGCUGCGUCCUCAGGGCCAGGACUUGGGAGGACACGGGGCCACACGGCCUUCUCCAGAGCUGGCCCGGGGCCUCUGCUCCCGCCUGCUUGGGGAUCUACCCAGCCUCCUCCGUCACCUCCUACGAGGACAAAUGGUGUCCCCACUCUCGGAUGAGCUGGCUGAUCGGCCCGGGGCCGGUGCCUUCUCCACCCUUCUGCCGGAAGCCCGAGGGGUGCUGGGGACCUGCAGAACUGAUGGGGGCAGCCGGGGCCUGGGCUCCUGCCUGCAAGUCCCCGGGACACAGAAGUCACAGGCGCUGUAGCUGGAGGCCCUCGGACUCGGCUCCCUCGAGAUGGCUCAACCUGCACUUUUGAAACCCUUGGUUUCCUUCGAAGUCCACAUUCCAGGCGACACACGUCUCGUCGUCCUUUUAGCUUCCAGAUUCACCCCUAACCCUGUACUAACCUGCUUGGUGGACUCGGGAAAGCUGGGCCUCUGCCGGGAAAGACAGACGGACAGGGCACGGCACCUGUUCCCCAGAGGACGCUCGAAAGCUGCCCAGCCUCCACGUCCCCACCGUGGGGACUUGAGCCAUCAGCCCUGGGCACGAGAUUUGCUCCGACUUUAUUUAUAUGGUGUAAAAUCUCUACGGUUUUUUGAACUUUGAGGUUUUUAUGUUGUUGGUGUUGUCUGAGUUUUUUCCUCCAGGUUGUGAGAUUAUUUCAAAGAAAGGUAUAUCGUCUAACAGGGGACCAAUGUAAGGUAGUAGUCACAACUUUUCCCAGUUCUACUAAAAAAAAAGAAAAGAAAAAAAAAACUAAAUUAUUGAAAAUUCAAAAAAUGUCAACAUUUCAUCUUUUUGAAUGUUAGGGUCCUAAAGUGUCGCUCACAGGCCUCGGCUCUGAGCCUUUCCCGGCCGCCCUCUACUUUCCACCCCCGGGUCAGCGUUAGAAUGAAUUGCCUGCCCUUCUGGAAUGACUGGCCGCAGGGGUUUGGGGCUGGAGGGGGUUGAACCACCCGCCUGAGAUGCUCUCGCACACAGUGGCUGUCCUGCAGGUAGGGCCACUGCAAUACAUGGGGAUGGUUUCAGUAAUUUAUUUUUUUGAUGGUAGCACAGAGCCAGGGCAUUUGGGACAGGAAGCUGACCUGCUCAUCUUCUGAGCCCAGGGACCCCCGUGGAGACCCCCUGGGCAGUUUGUCCCCUCCAGCCCCAUGUGCCAGCAGGGAAAUGUCAUGGCUGAGGCAGAAGGGCCGGUGGGCGCGGUCGGGGGGGAGUUUCCCCUGCCCCUGUGUCUUGAAGCCCCAUCAGAAUCCUGGCUGCCCGGGCCCCCAGGGACCGCCCUCUCUCUCGCCACCAUGCACUGGAUUGCAAGAGUGGGCUUGUUGCUGGACACAGGCGACGCUGAUGAGGACCCCGUGGCAAGAAAUGGAGAGGGGCCCCUGAAGGCGAGGGCAGCUGCACUGGUUUACUUUAAAAUGUACAGAUCUUCCCAUUAAAUUCAUGAUAGAUUUUUUUAUUAUUAAAAGUCAGUUUAUA